AUGGUCGUCGUGCCCAUCCGCGGCCUGGGGGCUGGACGCAGGCGCAGGAGCGUGCUCGCUCUCAUGGCGGCGUCGUUGCUGCUGGCUCCCGCCGCGGCCUCGGCGGAGGCCGCCGGGAACGACACCGCGACGACGUACACCACGACGACCGUAUCGGCCACCACCACCACCCACAUGUGCGGUAACGCAGCCAACUUCCACAGCGUCGUCGUGCCUCGUCUGCUGGGCGACGUGUCUGCUGAUGCCACGGCGUGCCAAGGCAGAUCGUGCGCGCUGGGCACGCUACUUGCCAACGCCCUGCUCGCCGGCUGUGACGCGUGCCAUGUCGCAGUGCUGCCUGCCAGCGUGCUGACUCCAGACGGGCUUGAUGCAGCGGGGAGGUUGGUGGCGGGCGGCAGCAUGGCUCCCGGCCACCUGCACGGCCUGGUCGACGCCUCCGCGCGAUUCGAGGUGAGGCGCGUCACCAACGCGACCUUCCUCUCCUGGCUGACGGCCGCGGGCCGCUUUGCUGCCUCGGACGGAUACCCGCAGAUGUCGCAGAACAUACAGGUCUUGGUCGACGGCGCGGGCACUGUGCAGUCGUCACGCUGGCGCAGCGCGGACGGAUGCUCAUCCUUCGGCGCACUCGAGAGUGACCUCCCUGGCGAGGUGCUCGUGGGCGGCCCCGCGGUGCUGUUCGACGGCGUCGGGGGGCUCGCAGGUGCGGUGGAGUCGCCGCCGGGCGAGGGUCUCGCGUACGCGGCGUGCGAUGCCCUGCUCGGCACGCCUGGGCUCUGGGACCUCUGGAGCGACGGCCUCUUUGAGUUCGCCUGCGGCACCGCCAGCAACCCGGUGCACCGCGCCGGGUCGUGGUGCCCCAGCGCCUUCUCUUCGUGGACUGAGACCGAGGAGUGCUUCUCGUUGCGGCUGCUGCACACCGCCGAGGUGGCGGGAGCCUCCCUGCCAACUGGCAGUGGGCCGUGCUACGACCCGACCUCUGGCAACAUCUCCGCCGGCUGCGUCGGCGGCGCAGAGCGGAGGGGCAAGUUCUUCGAGUCCGUGCGCCAAGAGGUCGGUGCGAGCGUCCUCGUCGUGGACGCUGGAAAUCAUUACUUUGGCGGCGACUUCGCCGCCUCGCAUUCGGGCGCGGCUGACGGUCACUUGCUGAACCUGCAGAACUACACUGUCGUGGCGACCAAUUUCCGUGACUUCCAGGGGAGCGCGAAGGCUGAGGUGGCGUCUGCCGUGAACAGCAUGUUGCAGGGCUAUGGCGGCCCUGUGGUGAUGACGAAUGUGGACGUUGCUGGAGCUGACUGGGAUAGCGUGAGGGAUGCCGUCUCCAGGUACCACGUGGCCACUCUGGGCACCCGCAAGGUCGGGAUCAUCGGCGUGAUGUCAGACGAGGUCAGCACCAAGUCCAUCGUGGGCACAGACUGGCAGAUAAACCCGCAGAGUGAGGACGCCAGCGUGUUGUCCGUGGAUGUGGCGGCAGCCGUGAGCCAGCUGCGCGAGCACGAGGAGGUGGGCCUCGUCGUGGCUCUUUUGGGGCUGAACGUGCAGGAAGCUCUCGCGGUGCUGCAGAACUCGGUUGGGAUCGACGUGGCGGCGCUGUCGAUCAUAUCGGCUGGUGACCUAGCAGGUGCCCUGUACGGCGACGUGGACGGCUUCGAUUGGGCCGGCGUGCACCAGAUCGCUGUGGAGAGCAAGGUGGUGCCAGGAAAGCGCAUCCUGGUGGUCAGCUCGCCGCCUAAGGGCACCCAGGUGGGCAGUGUCACCGUGGAUAUCAGCGCCCGCGCGCACGCGGUAAGGUGGCAUGGUGGUCUGGUCACUAUGGACGAGUCUGUGGACGACGGCACGCAGGGCCAGGGCGACCUCGCGGCUGCCGUGAAGACGUACUACGAAGAGGCGCAGCAGGCCCUCGGCGCCACGAUCGUGGAGCUGUUACAGCCAGUCGAGUACAGCACCGACGACAGGUACAUCUGUUGGUCGCAGGACUGCCCAAUCACGCGCCUGCUCGCCGACGCCAUGUUCAGCUUCGGCGACAGCGUGUGCCACUUCGCGAUGAUCAGCACUGGCGGCAUCCAGGGCGGGCUCUCCGCUGGGCCUGUGACGCUCAACGAGCUUGAGGGAGUGAUGCCGUACAACAACAACAUCGUUGUCAUCGCUGUCAAUGGCUCGGUGCUGAAGGAGGCGCUGAAGCACUCAGCGUCGGAGUGCGCGGACGGUGGCUUCGGGCACUUCUCGGGCUUGCGUUUCGCGCAGGCGGUGGUCUCCGCGGAGGCUGGCUCGGAGGAGGAACAGGGCGUCUGCAAGAAAAACUCUGGCACUUAUGUGAGCGCUGAGAUCUGCAAGAAAGGAUCCUACACUGCGGGCGCAGGCUGCACCGAGUGGCUGCGCAUCGAGAACGGACAGAUCUACACCUUCGCCACUACCUCCUGGCUCUACCAGUGGGGUGGCGACGGAUACGGGGCCUUUUUCAAGACUGCCACCCUCAUCCAGACAAUCGGUUGGCGGCGCGAGCGGACCGUGGUGUCCGAUUGGCUUCAGCACCCUGACUUCCCUGCCGCUGGGUACCCCGCGCUGAGCAGUAUCACGCAGGACUGCGCCGGCAACGUCGAGAAGGAGGGCUGGGAUGCAGGCUGCCGCGUCAUUGACACUGCGGCGCAGCCGGAUGCGGACAUCACUGGCCUCUGCUCGCCUGGCUUCAGAUUUCACGAUAGCAGCGGGGAGUGCGCGCAGUGCCCCACGGCACUUUCUCCUCGUAUGACUCGGCGGCGUGCCUGCCCUGUCACAUUGGGCGCGUGGCGCCAGAGCCGGGCUCGGCGAUCUGCACCGAGUGCGUGCCGGGUACGUUCCAGAACGAGACAGGUCAAGAGGCAUGCAUGA